AUGACGUCACGUCCUUCCGAUGCCAGUUUUGACAGUUGUCAAAUUGCAAGGCUACCAACGGGAGAACGCGAAAUCGAAAUGAAAUCGCCUAAGUCGGCAGAGUCUAUUUCAAUGCACGAUUUUCUCGAGUUCCUGAACGUAACCUGCCAGGUAAAUGAUUCCUUCAACAGCGGCAAGAAAAAUCCUCCCACCUUCGAUUACAAUCAACUGGCUCGCAAUGAACUGGUUAACAGCAUUCAACAGAAUGCUCGCUCAACGGCGUCCGGUGGUGUGAAAUCAGUCGAAACUCCGUCAGCAAUUUCCCCCGCAAGAAACGCACCAACAACGACCGGUGCAAAAAGGGACAUGAAAGCUGAUGAUACACGCUCCCCGGCAGAAAAGAAGUUGCCAGUGAAAAAGCGAACCGUGUCUCAAAAAUCGCAAAAGAGUAAACCGGAAACGGUCGAGGUGCCGAAAAACCGGCUCGAAACCGUUUUGAACGAAAAGCUUGACGAGGUGCUGAACGAGGGCAUACUGGAUUCGGUGCUUCCAUUCAUUUGUCCAUCCAAUGGGUCUGGCUAUCAUCACAAAAGCGGAACCGGACAGAAGUUGAACGCAAACAACGCACUCGGCGGGGUGAUACAAUCCCUUAACGGAUCAACCUCGAUCGGAGUGGGUUGUUCCGGUGGUUCCGGCGGUAAAUCGGCUACCAGUGGAGCUUCGUCACCCGAUACACAGAGCGGUAGCAGUGGUAAAAAAUCUACACUUUCGGCCGUUGGAGAUGUUUCGCAAAAUUUUCUCAUCGCCAGCAGCUCCACCAAAGCUGGCUUGCGAAGAAAGUCAUCGAUCGCCCAGAUCGCCAUUCCCGACAGCCGUGCGGAGCCCGAGGUGGUCAUUCACGUGUGCGACGAGGUGAAGGGUUCGUCGAGAGAUUUCUCCUGUCCGCAGAAAUUGCUCAUCACCAAAAUGGGCUACUUUGCCGAUGUGACCGCGGGUCAGCGGCUGGAAGAUAUGGACAUUUCGGUGCAUUGCGAUCUGCAAAUUUUCGAAUGGCUCAUGAAGUGGGUGAAAAAGGAAUCGGUGGCCCAGGACGAAUGGCCCGCUCUAGAUCCAACGAAUGUCAUACCGAUACUGGUAUCGGCCAGCUUUCUCCAAAUGGAACCGCUGCUACUCGAUUGCCUUUCGUUCUGCCACGCUCGACUUAACGAAGUCGUGAAGGCUUCCGCAAAUCUGGCCUGUCUGAACGACAGCAUCAUCACGCGGCUGGCAGCCAUGUUUACGAACCUCGAGCUGGAGGUGGUAAAGGACAAGAAGGACCGUAUUGCACCACGUCUCUGGACCAAGCUCAUCGCCAGUCUGUGUGACAUCGAACCGCAGGCACUGCGCGGCCAUUACGCGACGCUGGCCGGCAUGUUCCGUUGCUUAAAGUGUGGAAAGUUCCUAACCCAAACGGUCAGCUCGUACAUUCACUGUUUACCGCAAAACUUGCGCCUCAAUCGAUGGGGCCAGCUGAUCAGUGCGCACGUGAAGGACCCCACGUGGAACAUUAACAAUUAUGUUUCGAGCUUGCACAAAGAAUUGCGCUCAUGGCGCAAGGUCUAUUGGCGUCUUUGGGGCCACUGUCACUUCCUGUACUGUUCGAUAUGUGACACACACUUCCCGGUGAGUCAGAUGAUGUGGUGCCAGUACCAUCCGGAGCAACCGCAGUUUCUUGGCCCAGCCGCGGAAGGUCGCGUGGCGGGUCCUGCCGGCCGAUAUCCUUGCUGUGGCAAGCAGGCCUAUCGGUAUGAAGCAUUGCCAGGGCCUUCGGGUUGCCUUUUUCGCGAACACACUGUCCAGGUGGAAGCGGAUCGCGAUCGUGCAGUGUUGCAGCUAGCACUGCACGCAUCCGAAGGCGGCUGUCUGUAUGAACAGCCUCCCUUUAAACCACCCAACACAUCCGCCGACCCGUGGUGGAGUGGAAUCGGCAUAGUGCCGCACCGUUCCCGCCAAGGCCUGCUGCCAACGUUCCACGUGGACGGUGAUGCGAUGGUUAACCAUCAUCACCAUCAUCGUUCGAGUCGCCAAAUGUCGCAAUCGGCGCUGGACACCGAAACUGACACGGACUCAGAUGAGUAUGAUAAAUCCGGCACAAACCAGAGCCGCAGUACGAGCAGCAGUUCGGAUGGGGAGGAAUCGGAGUACAGCAGUCCACCAUCGUUUCAACAUCAACAGUUGCAACAGCAGCAGCAACAGCAGCAACCGCAACAGCAAGCAAAAGAUAUGAAGCGUAAGCCGAAACUUUCGUACGGACGGCACUGGGCAGGGGAUAUGUCCGCGCGCAGCAAUCAAGACAACCAGCGCGAGUUUGAGGAGCGAGCAAUGAAGCAGAUCAUUACGAUGGUUGGUAAGCGCACCGGCGGUGAACAGAAUUUACAGUAUCAAACAUACCAACAGGGCGGUACGUACAUUAAGCUCGAGUUGGAUUGGCGCGAAUCGAUCAAGCAGAAAAAUUUGGCCAGUCUGAAGAUGAAAACGAACGGCACGAAAUGAUUGCUGUUAGUUGAUUUGCG